AAAAUAUUGACAUUUGUUUUUUGAAUCAUUCUUACUAACUGUUUGGGACAAUACAUCAAGAAAAGAGAAGUAUGGAGCAAGAAAAAUUGGGAUGACAAUAGUUGUUUUUUUCCCAUUGUCUUCACCUUAUAUAUGUCCCUGUCUUGAAAACCAAAUUCCCCACACCAGCCAAACCAGAAGAAGAGGAGUCUCCUCAUUUGAGUACAAUCUGAGAAAAUGGACAAGAAUGUCAAGCUCACCAAUUCUGCAAUUUUCUUCUCAAUCUUGUACUUGACAGCUUUCUCUUUCACUGUUUCAUUAGCUAAAGAAAGCCCUCUAACAGCAAAAGCUUCAUUGAUUCGUUAUUGGAAUGAUCACAUCUCAAACAAUCUUCCAAAGCCUUCAUUUCUUCUUUCCAAAGUCUCACCACUCUCCGUAGUUAACUCUGCAUAUUUCACAAAGCUUGCAUCCCAAAAGGCUCUGUCUUCCCACCUUUCAUUGUUCUGUUCAUUUGCAAAUUUGUUCUGCCUUAUUGACACUAAUGCUCCACAAACCAAAACCAACCUGCCAAAAGAUGCCAGUUUUUCUUUUUAUACAAACAAACAGUUCUCCAAUUACGGAUCUUCGCGUCUCGGGGGAGCCGACGAAUUCAAGAACUACUCGAACGGCGUGAACUUCGCGACCGGAUCGUUUUCGCGAUACAGUCGCGGAUCGAAUGAUCACCAUGAGGAGUUCACUAGCUAUGCAGAUGAUGGCAAUGUGGCAAGUUCUAACUUUACAUCCUAUUCCUCGGCCGCUAUCGGUGGUUCCAGCGAAUUCCAGAGGUAUUUACCUCGGGUUAAUGUACCUGAUCUUCAGUUUACUUCUUAUGAUUCAGAUGGAAAGAAUCAUAAGCUCACAUUUUCGAGCUAUUCCGAUGAUACCAACUCUGGAAAUCAAGGUUUCAUUGGCUACACAAAGAAUGGCGACGACAUCCCUCUUGAUUUUUCCAGUUAUGGAAACAAUUCAAAUGUGAUUUGGUCUUCAUUUACAGGUUAUGGUGGAUUGGGGAACAGGGGAAAUGAUUCAUUCAAGGAAUAUGGUUCAAAUGCAAACAACCCGGGUAAUAAUUUCAAUAAUUAUGGAGUUGCUGGGAACAGAAGCAUUGGCACAUUCACAAGCUACAGAAAUUCAGCCAAUUCAGGCAAGGAUACUUUUCAAUCGUAUGGAAAAUCCUCUGUUUCAGAGAAAACCCAAUUCGCUAACUAUGGGAAAUCAAUCAAUGGAGGAACAGAUACUUUCAAAGGAUAUGGCAAAGGAGCUAAAGAUCCAUCAACUGAUUUCAAGCUUUAUGGUGUGAAUAACACUUUCAAAGAUUAUUCUAAAAAGGGUGUCACAUUUGCUUUGUAUACCAAACCAGGCCAUCCCGAAUCCAUAGCCAAUAAACCUGUAAAACACUGGGUAGAGGAAGGUAAAUUCUUCAGGGAAUUUCAGCUGAAAGAAGGGACAAUCAUGAAAAUGCCUGAUAUAGUUGAUAAAAUGCCUAAGAGAUCUUUCUUACCCAGAGUUAUUUCUUCAAGAAUGCCAUUUUCAACCAUGGAGUUGCAGAGUAUCAAAGAACUAUUCCACGCUUCGGAUAAUUCAACAAUGGAGGGCAUAAUCCUGAACGCCCUGCAAGAAUGCGAGCGCCCGGCAAGCCCCGGCGAGACCAAAUGUUGUGUCGGCUCACCGGAGGACAUGAUCGGCUUCGCCAUUUCCGUUUUAGGCCGAAAUUUGAUCGUCCGGACAACAGAAAAUGUGGAUGGUUCGAAGCAGGAUGUGAUGAUCGGGAAAGUCAGGGGAAUCAACGGCGGACGAUUGACGAAAUCGGUAUCUUGCCAUCAAAAUUUGUACCCUUACCUACUGUAUUACUGCCAUGCGGUCCCAAAAGUGAAGGUAUACGAAGUAGAUAUUCUUGAUGUUGAGUCGAAGAACAGGAUAAAUCAUGGUGUUGCAAUUUGUCAUAUGGACACGUCAACUUGGAGUUCUGGUCACGGGGCUUUUGUAGCACUUGGGUUUGGUCCUGGGCGCAUUGAGGUUUGCCAUUGGAUUUUCGAGAAUGAUAUGACCUGGACUAUGUCGGAUUGAAAAACCAAUUACUUCAUCAUUUUAAUUAUAAGUUAAAUUUAAAUCGGUGUUGUACGAAUUGUGUUAGAUUUCGGUAUAAAAAAGCUUUGCUCAUCACGCAUGAGCAGAGUGUCAUUCAAAUUACAGUAUGAUAUCAACAACUUAUAAUUGCAACUAAAUUAUGUCCUCGAAACAUUUUUACAUGAUGUAUUUUAUUGGCUGAGGAUUUCCUACAUUACAAUCAUACAAAACUUCUUGA